UGAGAAAGUUGGAGGACGGAAAUGGAGAGUUAAAGGGCAACAGCUCAUGCAAGAGACGCUCCUGAACUAAAUGGAAAUAACCAGCGGAUAGCGCGGACAAAAGAGGAGGAAGACAGAGGCAGUGAUGUGGCUCCGGUAUUGUUCCGUCCUCUGACGGCUGCAGGGCCACAAAGCAAAAGCUCUUCCUCCAUCUGCUGGAGGAGUGAGUCACUUACAUUGUAUGUCAUGUUGGCUUUUGUGCGCACAAGAUGGCAGUCCUGGAUGAACACAAUGUACAGAAUGACACAUACAGAGCUGCAGCCGACACAAGAAUUGCUCAUCUUUCCUAUCUGGUUCGAUACAGCGUCGGAAGAAGUUUAGUUCAAGUAGAACUACUAAUACAACAGAAUAAAACACUUUUACUAGUAAAAGUCACGCUGGCUCCAUUAUGGGCCUUUAUGAGGGCCUUUAUUAUGUUUUUUUUUUUCACAUUUUGACUGGCUGCUGUUGUCGAGGGCCAGAUCAGGGGCGGUCGGUUGGUUUGCAAUCUGCAACCUCACAGAGGCCACUAAAUUGUAAACGCUGGUUUACCCCAGAAAACAAAUCCUGAAGGACAGGGGUCGCAAGCUGGCAAACUAACAAGGCACAGCGCAAAACACGAAAGGGUUAAGGGUCAUGAACAAAGAAAAACAUUUGACUGAAAAGCUGAAGAGGGAGUCAUUGAUCACAGGGGAGACACAACGUAUAUAAAACUGUCCAAAAGAAAGAAAGCUCAAACACUCUCAACCCAGAUUUUCACCCAACAGAAAAUGCAGAAAGCCAACUGAUGGUGUUUUGAAUCCCCCGAAACACGCGACCAACUGAGCAGGAGAACUGCAGCCCCCUCAUAUAGUCUCCCAGCUGACUGAUUGCAGCCAGCUAAGGGAGAACAUCACAGGUGCACCCAGUAGUUUCCUGAUUACGCGUGACCUGUGGAUCUUGAACUUAAUUUGCACUCGGCGUUGGCCUCCAGAGGCUUGGUAUGUCAAAGCCGACUCCGCCACAGAGAGUCACCAGAGCCCUCACCUGAUUACUCUUUACAGAAACCUGCUUGUGAGCUAUUCAGACACAUCAAAUAUUGAAAGCCCGGAGUUUCCGUUUCACACACUGCGAGGGAGGGGGAGAUGGCACAGUGGCAGACAGAAGGGGAGGAGGACAAACGGGAGGAGCGGCAGAGGGAAAAAGUCAAAGAACGGUGGGAUUAAGAGGAAAUAAAAAAACAUCCGGCACCCUGGGAGGGGGACACAUGAGCAGCGAUGGAGGGAGAGAGGGAGGAACAGGGAGAGAGCACCCAAAGUGUGACGACUUCUACCCAGGCUGAUGCUCCAACUCAGAACGGCAGCGAGGACAGCGAAGGGUCCCAAAACCUUGAGGAACCUGAGGAGGACAGCAGGGGUGACGGCGGGGCUGGUGAUGGAGAGGUGGAGGCCAGUCAGAUUGGUGUGUACCUUUGUUUGCAUGUGAUGAAGGUUGGGGAAUAUCUAUGUAUCGGUGACGAAGAGACCCCCGUGAAGGAGACUCUGGUAGCCACAAAUGCACAGGACGAUGCUGACUGCCUCCCUCUGCCCCCCCUGACGCCACAGGACGAGCUGACCCCCCCGUCAGUGUCACCUCAUCCCUCCAAAGCGCAGAGUCGUCUGUCUGGACCCUGCUGGUACUGCCUGAGGUCCCUCGACUCAGAGUAUCGUCCUGAGACCCCUGAACAGGAGGACUCAGAUCCUUUGUCACCACUGCCCUCUAGUGGACAGAGAGUGAAAUACCAGACGGACCCUCGGCCUCACUUUGGCGUGGCCUGGUCCUCCCACUCCACAUGUCGCCCCCUGUGGGGCAGCGAGGGGCCCUGCUGGGGGCAAAGAAACCAGGAGGCGCCUGAUCAGACGCACACCUGCCCUCACUGCAAUCUGGGGCUGCCCGCUGACACACUGCGCUGGCAUGAGGCCAAGUGUCUGCUGUUUGAAGGGCUGCGGAGCUCGAAGAAAUAAACCCAGUCGGCGACGUGCUGUCCUCGAAGAAUGAUGCUGUCUCUCUGCUUAUUAAUGCUCUCAGGAAUUACGUUGCGCCCACAAGCUGUGUGCAAUGUCUGCUUCUGCUUGUAAACAACGGUCUGUUUACACCUCAGCUUAGCCAUGUUCACUCCUUUCAUUGUGAGACUCGGUGUUGAAUUUCAGUGAUAUUUUUAACAAUGUCUUAAUAAAAACAAACUGCAUGUGUACAG